AUGGCGCCUUGUGUUGAUGCUGGAUGGGCGAAACUCGACGCAUAUUACACUCUUACAGAGCGUUCAUCUGCUUAUGUUGCAGCUAUUGUCCUUAGUCCUCAUCGAAAGUGGCACUACUUUGAUACCGCCUGGGAGGAGCAUCCUGAGUGGAUUGAGAGUAAUAAGACUACUGUAGAAGGUCUCUGGAAGUCUCAUUACGCACCAGUCGCUAAGUCGGUUGAGUCGUCGGCCAAGUCCUUAGUUGAAAAGCCACCAAUGAAGAACUCGUUCCUUGCAUGGGAAGACGAACAAGAGGAUGUCGCACUUCCUACUCUAUUUGAUGAGUAUCAGAACUAUAUAUCGGCCCCAAGAAUUAAGGUCAAGGAUGUACGAAAGUGGUGGCUUAAGGAUACACAACAAACACUCUAUCCAAACCUUUCGAUCUUUUGUCAAUUCCUGCGAUGUCUGCUGAGCCAGAACGCCUCUUCUCUGAUACAAAAAUCACCCUUAAGAUCGCAGGAACAGGUUAGGGAUUGA